AUGGAACGUGGCUUCCAUGGCUAUCGCAAGCUCCCCAGCAACACCACCAGCCCCGGACCCGAGAUCGGAAUGGCAGUUGCUGACGGAAACCAUGCUGCCCCCAACAACAAUGGCAACCACCAUUUGAAUGCGGAUGAGAACAACGAGUGCACCGUGAGGGAGCAGGACCGGUUCAUGCCCAUUGCGAACGUGAUCAGGAUCAUGCGCAAGAUCCUCCCCCCGCAUGCCAAGAUCUCGGACGACGCGAAGGAGACAAUCCAGGAGUGCGUCUCCGAGUACAUCAGCUUCAUCACCGGCGAGGCCAAUGACCGGUGCCAGCGCGAGCAGCGGAAGACCAUCACAGCCGAGGACGUCCUCUGGGCCAUGAGCAAGCUUGGGUUCGACGACUACAUUGAGCCCCUGACCAUCUACCUCCACCGCUACCGCGAGAUAGAAGGUGACCGCGGGUCCCUGAGGAGCGAACCCUUCAUGAAGAGGGUGGUCGACUACAGCAACUUGGGCGUUCCCCCCACUGCUUUCGCUCGGGGAUUCCCGAUGGCAGGCCCGGCUGGCCCCCACCAUGCUUACUUUGGAGCUCCGCCGAUGGGUGGGUACUACAAAGAUGGUAACACUAGCCAUGAGGGCUCUUCAAAUGGGGCUAUUGGAAAUGGUGAGGCUCAUGGCCAGUUCGAAUGA